AUGUCCACCGCAUCUACACCGCGGUCGACGCGUUCCGCGUCGCCGGGAAAUUCGCCUAACAUGCUCACCCCAGGCCAAAAAAUCAAGGCCAUGAUGGCUCAAUUUGGCAGCGACUCAGAAUCUGACUUGGAAAUUACUCGCCCUAAGAACACAAUCUCGAAGCUGGACUUCGGGUCCAAGAAUAUCACUGCCACCGAGACAAAAUUAAAUCAAUCAAACGACAGCUCCACCGACUCAGACGAUGAGGACAACAUUGUUCAGCCGAAGGGUCGGAUGGCAGCCCGUAUGCAGGGUGGUGCAACCAAAGAAAAGGAGGACUCAGCGUUUGCUCGACUGUCCAAGGCUCUCCAGACGGAGAGAGAACUAGCAAAAAAACCCAAACCCCAGAAUGAAAGCCCCGCACCUGAAGCCGAAGUCGAAGCUGAAUCCAGCGAGGAUGAUCUUCCUGCCGCUGCACCCAGGAGGAGGAACAAAAACGCAGCCAAACGACAAUCCCCAGACGCCGAAGACCGGUCCCGGAACUCAACACCCCGCGCUCGCUCAUAUUCACCCCUGUUCGUUUCCUCGCCAACUGCCGCGGCUGAUGAGCAAGACCAGAGCGAUGAUGCAGAUGGGGAGACCGAACAGCCCACCAAAGGAAAUUCAAGAUUCCUUGCCCUCGUCGCUCAAAAACGCAAGGAGCGUGAGGAGCGAGAGAAGAUCGAAGAGGAGAAGAAGGCUGCUAGAAAAGCCCAAAUGGAGAAAUUCAGCUCUGAUAUGGUCUCCGGAGAGGAAAGUGAAGCCGAGAACCCGACCUCAGCCCAUAAGCUUUCUCAGAAAGCCCGUCAACCCCGCAAGGCCAGUAAGAAGGCUUUGGAUGAGAUGAGACAAGAGACUCAACGCAUGAGCCGGAAUAUGCAACUUGCCCACCAGGCUCAGACCAAGAAGAAGAUUACUAAAGAAAGCUUCUUUGCCAGAUUCAACUUUGGACAGCCUGAAGCACCUGCUCCGGAGCCCGCGCAGGCCAAUUCUUCGUCUACCGCUGGCUCGCAGCAAUCAUCUGAUGCGGAAGCGCAUAAGAAACGCGAUACACCUCAUACUUCCCCUGUUCUUGGACCUUCUGAUUUGGAGAAGCCACAAGCUGCUACAGUCCAAAGCCAAUCCGAGUCUAAUGAAACAGAGGCGACUGCGUCUGCUGCUGCCCAGCCGACCGUGGAGAAAGCCGCUGCUCCUGAGGAGUCGAUGGCACUCAAAGAAGCUCUAGUUCUACCUAGCCAUCCCGCAGCGAAGAAAGAACCGUUCAAGCUUACUCGACGACCUGUCCGUGUUCUUCUGUCGAGACAGGAAAUCGCUAAACACCAACAAGACGGCUCAGAUAGCGACGACCUUGAGGUGGUCACCUCAGCUGCCAAGUCCCGUAGCAUUGCCGCCUUUGAGAAUCUCCCAGCGCAAAGAAUGCAGGAAUCUGCCUCCAUGAUCCGGCUCAAGGCUCUUGCUCAUUUGACAUCCCCGACUCGGAAAUCAACGUCCAUGACGUCGUCAGAGCUCUCCGCCGAUUUGCUAUACAGAGCACGUCAACAAGCUGCCAAAGAGCGACAGGAGCGCAUUGAAGAACUCAGGGCCAAGGGUGUGGUAAUUGAGACCGCCGAAGAGCGUGCAGCCAUGGAGGAUGAUAUGGAGGACUUGGUGGAGAAGGCUCGUCGGGAAGCUAACGAGAUCAAACGAUUAGAAAGAGCGGCCAGGAAGAAUGGAGAGGAUUCUGAUGACGAGGAGGAUAAUGACUACGCAUUAUCUGGUUCUGAAGAGGAGGCUCAAGAGUCUGGCGAUGAAGAUGAAGAUGCUCGGAGUUUGAAUGGCAACGAGGGUCUCAUUGAACAGGAAGCGGACGAUGGAGACGAGUCCUCCGAUGGCGAGAGCGAGGCUUUGCCUUCUGAUGUCGAGGAGCAAGUGCCCGGAACACGGCGCAAGCGACCAACCCGCGUUGUCAGCGAUGACGAGGACGAAGAGGAGGCUCAACAGCAGGUACCAUCUACACCUGUCCGAGCACCAUCGAAUGCAGCUCAGUCCGCAGAGCGCCCGCGCUUCCUAGGCAUGGAAUCUCCCAAUAUGUCCAUGGGUCUCACCCAGGCAUUUGCUGGCACAUUGGCAGAUGACAAUGAUGAUACAAGUCAGCCAGCUUCUGCCACAAUUCCAUUCUCUCUUCCAGACCCGGGACAACCUGUUCCUAGACUUCGCCAUGAAGAUUCUGAGAUUCUUGUUCGAGAUAGCCAGGAACAACAUGACGAGCCUGACUUCAUGGCCAACUAUCAGCAAAAUGUCACUCGCGUAUCAGAGUCUCCGGCCGGGCCGGCGUUCUCCCAGUUCUCACAGCUUCCUGAUCCCACCCAGGAUGAAGGUUUUGUAUUCUCUCCGUUUGACCCGAAUAAGCGAUUCAGAGGAACCCCUCCAGUCUCGACCGUGGAUACUGUCCUCGUGGGCUCAAGCCAGUCGCCCCUUGUUGAGCGAAAGAAAAAACAGCUUCGACGCGGACGUGCGGCUGACUUGUCAAUGGUGGAGGAAGAGGAGGAAGAAACCAACGAAGGAGGCUUUGAGAUUGACCCCAAUGCUUUCAACGUUAUGAAGAAGUCGGCGAAGAAACCGACUGUUGCAUACGACAAGAAGAACAGCAAGGCGAAGAACGUCAUCGAUGAAGCCGCUGAGGAAUCCGAGGAUGAAUAUGCCGGUCUUGGUGGCGCUAGCGAUGACAGCGAUGAUGAGGAGAAUGCGUACGACAAGCAAAUGAUCAACGACAACAGUGGUGAGACCGUAGACGAGAAAGAGCUUGCUGCGCUCAAUGCUGUCCAUGACCGUAACCGUGAUGAAAAGGAUGUUGCCAAGUUGCUUAAAGAUAUCACUACUGGAGCCUUGCGCCGUCGCCGUGGAGGAGGCGAUGAUGACUUUGAUUUGGACGACUCAGAUGACGAACAUCUGGCACGCCGGCGCGAAAAGCAGCGCGAGUUUGCGAAGAUGCGCAAAGCUCUACUCGCUGAUGACAAGAUCGGUGAACUUGCAGAGAACCCCAAGAAAGCGGCAUUCUUCAGAGCUCUUGAAGACCGUGAUGUCGAUGAUGACUUUGAGCUGGAGUUCCUAGAAGAGAAGGACAGCGGAUCUCAAAAUGAAUCUCAAAGCACGGCCACAGAGGAACAGCAAGAUGGUGCUGCAAAUGACAUUAACAAACGCAAGCGGCCCCUCGAGCCAUCUGCCGUGGACGCUACCAAUCGCCCCCCGCCCAAUCUUCGCCGCACUCCUGCUAGCGCCAUGUCGAAGAAGCCUGCUACAUUGGCCGAGAUCCGCGAGAGUCUGUCUUUCUUGACUGAGACACCAGAGUACGACUCUUUCCACGAGGAUGCCUCCGUCGACGAGGACGAACCUACCGAGGGCGAUGACUCCAAUGUAUCCGGUGCCGACGACGCAGCUCAUUCGGACGAUGCAAACUCACAACCUCGGGAGGAGUUCGCGAAGCCCAGCCACCCGCGCCGCACUCGCGGUCCUGUUGUUGAUCGUCUUGCUCUGCUUCGCCAGGCCUCCUCCAACUCUGCCACCGCAAGCACGGGAUCAGGCAACUCGAAGCUUGCCUUCCAGACCGGUGGGAGCAACGAUGGACCCAUCGGCUUCCGACCUCCAAGACUCCUGCAUCGUGUCUCCACAGGCUCAUCCUCGUCUUCCAACUCGUCGACUACGUCCAAUCGUGUUUCUAAACCGGCUGCCUCUGGUCCUAAGAAGGGCGGUGCAGUCAACUCUUACACUGCUGCACGUGAGAAGGAGCGCGAGAGACAGCUCCGUGUGAAGCAGCGCAAUGGCAGCUCUAACGUUGCGAAGCUGUUGAACAAGCAUGCUGGUGGAGGAUUGGGUGCACUGGCUGGGAAUGGUCAGUGGGAUUAA